GCCUUCUCGGCCAUGGGAAAGAAAAUAAAGGCUCGCAGAACUCCGCGAUUAUCCAUGCCGAAGGUUGAGCAGCCUCCUCUUCCCGCUUCUGACAUGCCAGAUAGGGACGGACAAGGGACUAUUGUAGAUCUUGUAUCAAGCCUUUAUCUCAACUCGGAGUACAGUGACUUAGUGAUUGUCUGCCAGGGUAAAACCUUCCCAGCUCAUAGGGCCCUCGUUUGUUGCAGAUCAGAGUAUUUCAGAAAGGCCUGCUUUGGAGAUUUCAAGGAGGCUAAAGACCCAAUUCACCUAGACAACACAGACCCAGUUCUUGUUGAGAAGGUGCUGGAGUUUCUAUACAAGGAUAGUUACACUAUCGGAUACAUUUCCCCGCAAGCUCGAUACCCACCGGUCGAUAGCAGUAGACGGCCGGAAAUCGAGACAGAGCAUGCAGGAGAACACGCCGCAACCGAGGUUGUGUCCGAAUCAGGAGAGGGCACCAACGAAGACACCAAGAGCCUAGACAAUAUCGCACAAGAUUCCGUGAAUGAGGAGAGUCCCAGCGGUCAAGGGAGCGUCAUGGAUGCUGCCGCUGAUUGUCACCCAUCCUACUUCCACGCCCGUAUGUUCGGCGAAGCGGACUACUUUAUGAUCAACGCUUUGAAAGCUAAAGCAAAAAGCGAGUUUCGUGCAUCUUUCAAGGACUGCUCCGAGAGGGACUUAAUUGCGGAGGUGAUUAAAGAGUUAUAUUCGCCUAGAGCCAACUACCAGGAAUUGAGGAAAUUGGCGGUAGACGUCGUGGUCAAUAACUUGCCUAGCCUUCGAGAAGGAUUUCCUCCGGCGAUCGACUUCGAGCUCUUGAAAACAGUGCCUGACUUCGCUAUUGAACUCUGUCUUGCAACAGUAGACAGAUAUGCGAGUAAGGGCCUUGAGACAAAGCCAAGUCAAAUUCCCACAGGGGCUCCACAUGAGCGAUUUGGCUUUCCGGGGGGCGGAUUUGUGUAG